AGUCCUCAAUCACUCGCUGCAUGCUCUCCGUGGUGUGUGCAGCAGCAGCGCGGGGUCCACGUGGAUCCGCAGCACCAUGAGUUCCUACCAGUUCGUCAACUCGCUGGCCAACUGCUACGUGGGCGGCCAGCAGCAGCGAGGGGCCGGCACCGCGGGCCCCGCGGCCCCCGGCCAGCAGGACCAGACGGCCCUGGCGGCCGUGGCCGCCGUGCACGCGGCCGCCAACCAGGACUACUACGGCGGCGGGUACCCGGGGGCGGCCAACUGCUACUCGCCCCAGGUGUCGCCGCACUACGGUCCGUACGCCCCCGCGGCCGCCUCCACGCCACAGACGCACCCUGCCAUGACGCAGGGUGGAAACGCCGCAGACUACAACCCCCAGCUGGCCGCCGCGGCCGCACACCAGCGCCUCACGGCCGCCACCAGUCUGCAAAGCAACACGUCACCGGGGGCACCGACGCCCCCGUCGGCCACCCCUGUCAGCUCGUGCAAAUACGCUGACUCGACGGCCUCGUCGCCGCAGGACCUCAGCACCAGCUCGGGCACCACCCCCAAUCCGCAGACCAGCAGGAGUCCCACCGACCCGGCGGCGGCCGCCUCCGCAGCGGCCGCUGGCCAGCAGAGCUCGGCCUCGUCCACUGGUUCCAACAACAACUCUGGAUCCGGUGGCAAAAGUAGCGGCAACCCGCCCCACAUCUACCCUUGGAUGAAGCGGGUGCAUCUUGGCCAAAGCACUGUAAAUGCAAACGGCGAGACGAAACGACAGCGGACAUCAUACACGCGUUACCAGACGCUGGAGUUGGAAAAAGAGUUCCAUUUCAACCGCUACCUGACGCGGCGGCGACGCAUCGAAAUCGCACACGCACUCUGCUUGACGGAGCGUCAGAUCAAGAUUUGGUUCCAGAACAGGCGGAUGAAAUGGAAAAAGGAGCACAAGAUGGCCAGUAUGAAUAUCGUUCCGUAUCAAAUGCCGGCCCACUUCCUGCCCCCUUCCCACCAUCACCUGGCGCACUUUGCACACUUCCAGGGCGACACGCGGUGCUGACAGCAGGACUAUAGCCAGUACUAGGCCCUGGUGCGUGCGGUGCGCCUGUAAAUAGACAGCCUGUACAGUUAGCUGACUAAUUAACCAAGCUUAGUUUUUCAAUACACACUCCCUCUCAUUCACGAGUUUUGAGCUGAACUUCGCCGCUAAGUAAUGUAGCAAGAAAAAAAAUUGCUGUUUUCAUUAUGCAAACUGCUCCAACUGCAUCGAUUAGAAUUUGGUUAGCAAAUUAGAGAAAAUUUUCCCCUCAGCUCUGGGUACAAUUUUCGCACUUGGAGCAUUUUGUUGAUGUCAAUCUGAAUUUUAUUACUGUGCCAUUAUCGAUACUGAUUUUUUCAGCUCUACCCCCCUCAAAUUGUAAGCUUAACUAAAUUAAAUGCCCUGAUGACAACUUUUUUAUAAAAUAAAUAUUUAUAGAGCAUCAGACUUAAUUCAGAAGUUCUUUAAAUUAUUCAUCAAUAUCAUAGUUGAAAAGCGUUUAAUAUGUGUGCUAAGUGAGCAAAGCAAAUUCGGAUUCACACAGGGAAAAUAUUUUCUGAAAUUAACACAAAUUAACCACCAAUGUUAACAUUUAGCGAGCAUCGUUGUCAAGUAGAGCAAUGAAAUGCAAUACCUGUAGUGGCUGCAAGUGACUCUGUACUGCCCGAGACAGUUUUUGAGCAUGAAUUAAUUUUAUAACUUGUAGUUGUUCCUGCCCAAAACGAAAUCCGCAUGAAAUUUUCACUGUACAAUAGUGCGCCGAGUAAAAAUUGCAGAUCAUCAAAACAGAAAUCACACACGUGUUGUAAUAAACCGAUUUUCCCUCGCGAUAUUAAAUACAUACUUAAUAUUUCGUAAAUUAAAAGCAUGAUGUGAAUACCAUAUAUAUUAUUUUAACUUGUAUACGAAAGCGACAUCAUGUAAAUGUGCGUGCAUGACGCAUGGUGCAUUAUGUAAAAUCCGCUAUAUAUUAAUUAGGCAAACGAAACCAAAAAUUGUAUGAGGAUUUCAGAACAAUAUGCAAAUGCUUUGUGAUCUCAUCGAAUUGACUACUCUUACUUAAUAUGACGCAUAGAAGUAUUUUCCUCUCUGAUUUUGAGUGUGAGUGUGCUUGGAAAUGGCGGAGGUGCAGAGCUUUUGGUGUGUGUUACAGACAUGCAUCUCGCCUCGCUGCAGGACGAGGCCAUGUGCUACCAAAUGGGUCCCUCCAUGCACCGGGGCCUCUACGCCUGCGGCGGCCCCUACGGCUAGCACGGGGCUUCCGGGGCCCCGAUGGCUUACUCGGGGUACCUGCACCACCAGACAAGGGACUUUAACAGUUGGGCCUGAGCAGCCCAGCGACUCUCAAUUCCACGUUCUCGGGACUCUCAUUCGAAUACUUGUGCGGUUGUGAUGAUUUUAGUGCGUAAAGUUCGAUAAUUAUAGUCCGUUGUUGUUGAUUGAUUUUUAUUUUUCAAGUGAUAUUUCGUACACACAUACACGAGUAUAUAUGAGUUAAAGUUCAAAGGUAGACGUGCGUAAGAACGAGAAUGUAUUAUUUGUAAACGAACAGGCAAGGCACGAGUGUGCGAAACAACAUGAAAAAAUAUGGAUGACCUUUGAGCCGCUUUUUUUCUUUGUACAUUUUUGUUACAAUUUUCGUCGUGCGUUCUGUGUGCAUGUAUGGAAACGAUUUGAAUUGUUAAUAGAUGAAACACAAUAUUAUUAUUAUCGUGAUAUGUAGUUGGUAAUAUUGAUUAUUGACAAAAAGACGCGCAAUGUAAUAUGUCCCUUGUUAUAAAAUACCUUCUGGAGCACUCACGCGGGUGCUUCUUUUGAAUAUUUUGGCGAAAUCAGGAUUUUGGAGCAGAAAUUUUCACAAACUAAAAUCUUAAAUUAGACUUAAUAUUUUUGAACUCUAAAGAAAAAAUUCUGGUUUCAUGAACAGACUUGACACACUAUAUAUACGUAAAACCAAAAGUAUUAGAUAAGUUUUUUGAAAUUUUCUACUAGCUGAUGUAUGUACAGACUACAUAGAGAGGGACAUAAUUUUAACUAUUCCAACUGCAGCAGCUGUAUACGGAAAUUAUUAUAAUUGAUCUGAGGAUUUUGUAAAAUACAAAACGUCUCAAGAUCGAGUGCCAUGGUUUUCAUUGCGAUUAACAAAGGAAAAGCAAAUGUAAACGUGACGAUGUUGAUGUGUGUGUUUGCGUUGUUGUCUAGUGGAAUGCAUUGGGUAAUUUAAAAACUGCAUUGAAAGUAUAAACCAGUAUGCGCAAAAACGGUAUAUUUAAAAAAGAAACAUGUAUUAAAUUAUGAUCAAGCAGGAUAUUCUCAAAAAAUAUUUACAUUGCAUAUAAGGUCUCUAUUAAGUGUAAUUCUGUGUUGAUGAUAAAGAUAAAAUGGAAAAUAUAUGAAAAAGAUAAUAAUAAC